AUGAAACUUUCCAUUCUGGUGCUUGCGUUCUUCUUCUUCUUCGUUGGAUUCGGAGCUGCUCUCGAUGUCGGAGGUGUGCUCAAUAGAGCCUUAUCACCAUUAAACUCUCUCACAACCAAUUCUGCCGGGAAUAGUGUGCAGGCUGAGGACGAUGAUGAUAUUAAAACAGAGUUGGGCAAAAAAUUGAAAGAGCAGCUAGACGAGUUGCUAGAAAAACUGAAGGAUUCUAUUGAUAAAGGAAGAACCAUCAAGGAAGACACAAUAGAGAAAUUGAAAGAAGUUCGAGAGAAACUGAAAGAUUUGAAGGUUGACAUUGGAAAUAAAGCAAGAGAAUUAAUAGAAAAUAUCAAAGAAAAAAGAAUGGACACUUUGAAACAAAUUCUCGACAAAAUUGCUGGGAACGAGUGA